AUGCCACGCAAGCUUCUUUCGAUGCCGCACGUAGCGAUGAUGGGCACCGAGCAGCGAAUGGCGCUCUACGACUUCUUCGAGCACGUGUCUCGUCGAGACAACCCGGAUAGCCCUGGUUCGAAGCUCUGUGACGGGUUUACUGACGAGGAACGACAAGUCUUCGACAGACUCUUUCACAAAGCCUACACAUACUGUACCGAACAGUUCAACGACCCGUAUACCAACCCAUCUCGUGAGGCACGAGAUCGCUUCUGUCACCGGUUUCUUCCAAACCUCUGCGGCUACGAGCCCACAGAGGACAACCCUAAUCCAACGCCGCCUCCUGCACUCAACCGACUUGACAUCGAGGAAAGGCUCAAGGACUGUCAAUAUUUCGACAAUUGCUACUUCUAUGGCUGUCCGCGGAGACACGCUCCGCAGGGGCCCCAGGAAGAUCGUAACAUCACUCGGCCAUCGAGUUCGGAGCUUUGUGUUGAUGACAUGUUUCCGCCUCGGCCAAAACACACGCUUAGAGGUCGUGACUACUGGAGGCUGAUAGUCUUUCUUUGCUUUUGGGAGGCUGUACCAAUAUGGUUAGACACACUCACAAAUAUCAAAACCCAAGUCUCAACCAUGCUUGAGCAAGCAGGUCCAUCGCGGACCAUACACUCCAAGACCACCAGCAGCAGGAGACGCAUGUCUCGUCACCUCGAUGAGGUGCGUUUCCACCAGCUCACGAAAGAGGAGCUGGAAGAAGAGGAACGAGACACGCGCGUCCGCCGCAAGGACAACAAUGUGACAUACGUUGAUGCAGGAGAAGUGUCAUCCCGUGGCGCCGAUGGCAUGAAGUCCUCGAUCCAGGAACAAAUGGACACCGAGGCGUGUCCAUUCGCACCGAAUUGCAACCUUGUGAGGACCGGCGCCUGCAUCUACAAAUUCCACCCAGGCCAGGAAAUCACUGAACACUCGUACUACACCGUACAAGAUCCCACAGCAAGUGUCACCGAGAAGUUCGUUAAGGUUGCGAAGGAGGUCCGAAGGAAGUUCGCCAAUGUCAAGAAGCGAUCGAAGCUUCGGUUAUUGGUGGGUCAGAUAAUGGCGAAGAAGUAG